GUGUGCAGGCGCGCAUGCGCUUUGGUUGUCGGUGUGGUCCUGCCGCCCGCGCCCUUCCGAUUCCGGGAUCCGGAAAGAGAGACACCGGGGAGAGCCGGAGGAGCAAUAUUUUAGGCCCAGCUGUAUGGACACUGAUCCUUCAUCAUGGGGAAGAUGUUAUCCAAAGUGUUUGGGAACAAGGAGAUGCGGAUAUUAAUGCUGGGUUUAGAUGCUGCAGGAAAGACCACCAUUUUGUAUAAGCUCAAGUUGGGCCAGUCUGUCACGACCAUCCCCACUGUGGGCUUCAAUGUGGAGACUGUUACUUACAAGAAUGUCAAGUUCAAUGUGUGGGAUGUGGGUGGUCAGGACAAGAUCCGUCCUCUAUGGAGGCACUACUACACCGGCACGCAAGGCCUCAUCUUUGUGGUGGACUGUGCUGACCGAGACCGUGUUGAUGAGGCAAGGCAGGAACUCCACCGCAUUAUCAACGACCGAGAGAUGAGGGAUGCCAUCAUUCUCAUUUUUGCCAACAAACAGGACCUCAUGGACGCUAUGAAACCCCAUGAGAUCCAGGAGAAGCUUGGACUGACGCGUAUCAGAGACAGGAACUGGUACGUGCAGCCGUCUUGCGCUAACACUGGCGAAGGACUCUAUGAGGGCUUAAUGUGGCUUACAUCAAACUACAAAUCUUAAAUUUCUCAUUUUUAUGAUUUAUUUUUAAUUUUUAUUACUUUAAUCUAAAUAUAUAUUUUUUUUCUUUUGGAAACGGUAAAUGGACUGACCAGCAAAGCCAAGCUUUUUGUUUUUUCGGAGCGUAAAAGGAAUUAUGAAAGUGAUGAUGUGUCAAGUUAUGGAUUUGGGGGAUUAGUUAAUGGGUGGGGCAGCUGUGUAGGACUUAAGAUGAACCAACAUCCUGUUGCAUUAUCUGCCUUAAUUAUCAGAGUGUUGUUAUAAGUAUGAAAGAAUCCUGGACACUAUCAGACCUCAGCAGGCUAGCGGAUUAUCUUGUUGAACCCCCGCUCCCCCUCCUCGUCUCAUGUCCGGGUUUACUGACUAAGGGCAAUAAAGUUGUGCCCUUUUUGUUGUUUUUUUGAGUAUUUAGGCUGGUGAACUUGACCACCUUAUGUGCAAAAUUACCAUUUUAUAUGGCCGAGCACACGCACGUUCUACCUAUCCUCUUCUGUAACAAAGGGUAUAAAAACCCCUCCUUGCCUAGGUGCUAAUACCAUAUCGGCUCCACAUCUCAUUCACAGAACUGCUGAUUUGUGCCACAGAAUCAAACGAUUGUGACUGCAACCAUCUGAUUUUAGUUUUGUUUUGUUUUUCCUGAUCGAUCCUUGCGUCUGUCAAAUCAAUGCCAAACAGAUUACUCUAUGUUCUAUGGCGCUUGUGCCCUAUGUAAGUCCUUGAAACGCAGGGGAUUAUCCGUGGAACAUUCCUUUAGUUGUAGAAUGAAGUAUUUUCUUUUUCUUAUUUAAGAUUUGGCACAUUCCUUCUUCUAAUACACGAGUGAUUGUCCCAGAUGUUGUUUUUUUCUUUUGUAAUUCUUUAGUCUUGGGGUGUCAGAAUAGAUUUGCAUUAUUCAAAGCUGCCAUCCAUUUUUUUUUUUCUUCCAAACCAUCCACAAAAAUGCUCAUUUUUUGUUCAGUCUCCUACCCAAGAGCAUGUUAUCAUACUCGGUGGCAGUGUAUACUGCCGUAUAUUUAUUUUUAUGUCCCCUCAGCACUGUCUUCCAGCCCCAUGGGGGUAAUUUCACUGACGUACAUCAAUCUCUGGCCUUGGGGAGUAACGUUUAUUAAUUCUGACUGACACAUAUCGCUUUGCUAUGCAGAAUCCUCUCUUAGCGUCAAGAGGGUUUUAACCAGUUUUUCUGUUUCCUCCCAAGACCAGUUUGAUCCCCUCCCCAACGUCUGAAUGUUUUAUUUUUCAAUGACAUAUUUUUGUUUUAACGGUGUAAAAAAAUCAACGCUUCUACCAAUCAAUAAAAUUUCGUCAGUGCUUCAAA